AAUCUUCAUAUGUUAACAGAUUUAUGUCUGCUAAUGAUCAUGAUUUCAAUAUUAAAUCAUUAAUUGAGAACUUGAAGAAUGUGAUAAUAAAGAAAUUGUCUGUGCUAUGUGUGACUGAGUCUUCUGUGUCUCUUCUCACUCUCUCUGUUUCUUUCUCUGCUGCUCUCUCUCAAUCUUCUACACCUGUCUCUGUGUCUAGUUCUUCUGCUUCUGCUAUCUCUGUUCCCGCGACUCUCACUUCUGUCACUUCUGAUUUUAUCAUCUCUGCUUUCAUUAUCAGCUCUCCUCAUUUCAAGAAGAUAUUACAUAGACUUAAUAAAUUAUAUCUCUCAAGAAUCACUCUUCUUCUCAAUAGUAUUAAGAUUGUAA